AUGACAGAAAGCGUGACGUCCAGAAGCAAGUACUUGGAAAUCCCGCAGGAAGUGCGGAAUAGAAUUGUAAAAAUAUACAGCAUGAGCCUGGACCACCGAAAAAAGGCAAAGGAGCUGGCCGUUCCCCUGGCCGAAGAAAUCUACUACAAAGGCGUCUCGCAGGAGCUGGGGAUGAUCUCCAUAAGCACGGACGAGGUAAAGUACAACAUCCAGGAAAAACUGAGCCACCUCGAGGAGAUUCGGGACUACGUGAAGGAGGUAACUGCCCCAGAAAAAGAGCAGAGAAAGGCGUACCUCUCCGGAAUAAUAAAGAAGGAGCUCUCCAUGGCCGAGGACCAGCUCGCAGUCCUGGAGGAGAAGAUGCGGUCCCUCAUCGGAAAAAGCAAGGAGAACGUGCUCGUGUCUUUGCAGAGCACGAUAAACAGGCUCUCCAGAAACCUCGAGCAGCUUUAG